AUGAUUGAAAAAAAAUCAAAAUUCUGCCAAAAUUAUUCAGAAGAUCUCAGAAUUAUUAACGUUCUAUCAGAAUAUAAAUUCAAUGCAAAAUUUGCGCCAUAAUCUAUAUGCAUUCAAAACUCAUGCAUUCAAAUCAAAUUAAAUUUCAUUAAAAAAAUAGAAAAAUAAGGCAAUUAAAUUUUUAUUAAUAAUAAUAACAAAGUUAAGAAUCUCCCCCAAAUAAAAAUUCUCAACUAAUACUUUAUGAUCAAAUAAGCAACAGUAAAAAAUAGGAAGUAUCCGCUAUAGCAAAUACAAAUUCAAAUAUUUUUGAACUUUUCCACAUUAAAUAAGAAAUAGAAUCCUGAAAAAUAAAAUAUACAAAUUUAGGCAAUUUUAGAAGAAAAAAAAAUUUAUGAUAGAAAUAGAUUAGUUUUAGAAGGAAUUUCAAUUAAAAAAGUGGACAAUUACAAAAAUUACAAUCAAAUGUAAUUUGACAUAUACUUCUUGAUUAUUAUGAAUGUUUCAGCUUUUGAAUAUGAAAUUCUGAUUUUUACUUCUAAAUUUUAUAAAAAUUGA